GGAUCGUCCUCACCACCACAUGCUCGGGCUGCCAGCUGUGCCCCUGCCUUCUUACUCUCGAACUCAAUCUACUUUCCCAGAAUGUCAAUCUUGCCCCUGUGCACCCGAAUUAGAUCUAUGGUCCUACCGCAUUGCAGCAAUCGGCCCUCCGUGCGGUUGUCAAUCUUUCGGAGGAAGCCAGUCGGAAGGAGAGCGGCUGAGUUCAUGCGACGAAAAGGCCUCAGGCUAACCGGUUGGGGCCGAAAAUACACAGGCUUGUCUAGAACCAUGUUCAGGGUGUUGAAUCGCGAGUCCGUCGGCCCGCCGGAGCCUGUGUCUCGAAUGUAUUUGAGGACCGAGCUAUCUUAUCCAGCUGAUCUGCAGCUUGCCUCCGUUCCCCGAGGCAGUCAGCAGCGCUCGCACACUAGCACCAUGGCAAGUAGUAGCAGCGCGGACGAUGUGAUUGGGGUCGUCAUCAUGGCCAGACAUGGUGAUCGAAGGGGCUACUACCAAUCCCCCGACACCUAACCGCUUCGGACACGACCAUUACGCCGUUGGGGAGCAAGAGGAAUGGCAGCUCGGUGCUCUGCUCCGGUCGAUGUAUUUGAACGAGUCGUCCUCGUCGUACAUUCAGGGCAUCGCACCAGCCACCUCCGCGUUCAAUCUGAGCCAGGUGCAAGUCUAUGCGGACAACAGCGGAGAAGGCUCUGUCAUCAUGGAUAGCGCCGCCGCGCUGGUCCAAGGACUUUGGCAGGCCACGGAUCUGCAAAACACGACCCUCGCUAACGGCUCGACGAUCAUCAGUCCUCUCGGGGGCUACCAAUACGUGCCUAUUAACUCAGUGAAUCCAGACGGGGACAUAACCUUGGACGGAACGACGGACUGUACCGCAUUCAACACGCACACAACGACGGUCUACAACUCCUCUAUUUUCCAAGCGAAGACAGACCAAGCCUCUGAAUUCUUCUCUGAGUUGUCGCCAUAUGUCGGAGGUCGGUCUCUAAAGCUUAGUAACAUGUGGAACAUCUAUGACUACAUGAACGUCCAGUCCAUCCACAACGCGACAUUCGCGGCCUCCCUGCCAACGGGAUUUCUUGCCCACGCGCGUGACCUUGUCGACUGGCAACAAUACCAGGUAUUCACGGACCCGACCUUCGACGGCAUCGGUAACAUGGCGUUCCGCACAAUGCUCCCGGGCAUCCUGGACUCAUUCGAGCAGUUCCAAAACGCGUCGACAGGCUUGAAGCUGAGCUACUACGCCAUUUCGUACAAGCCCUUCCUUGGCCUCUUCAACAUGACCGGCAUCGUCAACGACGGCCAAGCCCCGCAGGCGAUUGUCGACUAUGCUGGCACGACGGUCUUCGAGCUUCGCCAGCCGUCAAACAGCUCCGAGCCUACCGUACGCCUGAUGUUCAAGAACGGGACGUCCGCUACGGAGUACUCCCCCAUGACGAUGAAUUUUGCGGGCUGGGACGGCGCACAGAGCGGCACGGACGUCCCGCUGUCGACAUUCAUGAGCGCAUUCGCGCCCGCGGCUGUGAACAACACGCUCGAGUGGUGCCAGGUCUGCGGAACAACGGACGAGCGUGGGUGCGCGGUCGCACUGGCAGCGGCUGCGGACACGGCGGGCUCGGGCGGACAUGAGAGGAUUAGCAGGGUGGGAGCGGGCUUCUUGGGCGCUGGACUGACGGCGGCGGUGUUCUUGAUGGCGCUGGGCGUACUGGUCUUCCUCGGUGUUUUGACUCUCGGUGGGAGGAGAUGGAGCAGGAGGAUCUCAUCGUCUAAGGAGAAGAUCAGGGGUACUGGUGACGUCGAGCUUCACUCGGAGUCGAACUCUAUGUCCAAGGCCUAAUGGAGACUCAAAACGACUCUUGUGAUGUGACAGUGCUAGUCUGACGUUUUGAGGACGUCCACGUUGCUUUGUAUUUGUAAAGUGUCCGACGUGUAUCCCGACGACUGCAGCCUGUCACACCGCGAAGGAAACCACAGGUUACGAUUGCGUGACGAUGUGGAAUAUUGUGUCAGUUAACCUGUUGGGUUCAAUCGUUCAAUAUCGAUAUGCCAGAAAGCAAGGACGUGUCAAAGACG